CUCUUUUUUUUGGCAGCAAAACAGAUCUCUUUAGUGCUCUGCUUUUUACAUUACCAAUCAACAUAACCUCAACUGCCAUGCGCAUGCUAAUUGUAAUCUCAGGUCUCUGUCUUGCCUUAGGCAGUCUGGUCUCAUCCUCCAGACUUGUGUGUUACUUCACAAACUGGUCCCAAUACAGACCUGGCAGUGGGAGGUUUUUGCCUUCAAAUAUUGAUCCAAACCUUUGUACGCACUUAAUUUAUGCCUUUUCUGGUAUUAAUGAGGCAAAUGAGUUGGUCACCAUAGAAUGGAAUGAUGAGGAACUCUAUAGAUCCUUUAAUGGACUCAAACAAAGGAAUUCUAAUCUUAAAACACUGUUGGCAGUCGGAGGCUGGAACUUUGGAACACAAAAAUUCACUACUAUGGUGUCAACACAGGCCAACAGAAAUACAUUUAUACAAUCUUCGAUCAAACUACUGAGAAAGUUUGGUUUUGAUGGACUAGACCUAGACUGGGAAUACCCUGCAGCAAGAGGAAGCCCUCUGGAGGACAAACAGAGAUUCACAGUGUUAUGCAAGGAGCUACUACAGGCCUAUGAGGCAGAGGGCACAUCAACAGGAAGGCCCAGGUUAAUGAUCUCUGCUGCUGUGUCUGCAGGGAAAGGAACCAUUGAUGCCGGUUAUGAAAUUGCAGAGAUGUCAAAGUAUCUGGAUUUUAUUAAUGUGAUGACAUAUGACUUUCAUGGUACCUGGGAGAAGGUCACAGGACACAACAGCCCCUUAUACAAAGGAUCCCAAGAUACUGGGGACCAUGUUUAUUUAAAUACUGAUUUCGCUAUGAGGUACUGGAGGGACAAGGGAACACCUGUACAAAAGCUAAAUAUGGGCUUUGCUACAUAUGGACGAGCAUUUCAGCUUUCAACUCAAUCCAGUCAGGUUGGAGCGCCUGCCAGCGGCCCUGCUGCUGCUGGCACAUUUACAAGGGAGGCCGGUUUCUGGUCCUAUUAUGAGAUUUGCACUUUUCUUCAAGGGGCCAGUGUUCAGUUGAUUGAGGACCAGAAAGUCCUGUAUGCCACCAAACAAAAUGAGUGGGUUGGAUAUGACAACAAAGAAAGUUUUAUGACUAAGGUUGGUUACCUAAAAGAGAACACUUUUGGAGGAGCCUUUGUCUGGGCUCUUGAUAUGGAUGACUUUACUGGACAGUUCUGUGGACAGGGACAAUACCCCCUCAUCAGCUCUCUCCGCUCUCUUUUGCUUCCAGAUCUUCCUCCACUUCCUACUACACAAACCACCCUGAAUCAAGUGACUCCAUCUACAAAUAAAGAUCAGCGUCACACAAUGCCUCAUCCCAGACCUACAAUCUCUACUGCAAUCACUGACAACAGCUUCUGUGCAACAAAAAUUGGUGGGCUAUAUGCCAAACCUGAUGAUCCAGGUUCUUUUUACAGUUGUGCCAAUGGCAUCACUUGGAUCCAAACCUGCCCAGCUAAUUUAGUCUUUAAAGACAGCUGUAAAUGCUGUGACUGGCCCUAGGGACUCUCAUCAUAUAUUUGGAUUUAUAUAUGAUCCUUGCCUUUAUUGUGAAAAAAUUCGAUUAAUAACUAUGCUAGAAAAAAAAUGUGCAAAUAACUUUUAAUAAGUAGUACUGUGCUUGUACAGUAAGUCACAGGUCACAACACAUGAACACCACAGGCAAGCAGAACCUCUUAAAUGUGUUUGUACAAGAUUGCGACACAUUGAUAACAUAUCUUAAACAGAAACCACGUUAUUUACCUAACCAAGCCCUGCAAACCUCAGUCAGUCAGUUGCAGAAAGGUCAUUUUUUUCUUGCUCACCUUGUUGUUAUGGGCAACUCUGACCAGUUGUCUCUCAUUGCCACAGUAAUCUCAGUCAUGGAUGACCAUUGCAUGCUAAACACUCUAAAUACACCAGCUAUAUACACAGAAGAUGGCUGAAUUGCCUGCUGCAAUUUUCAAACUUUGCAUCAUUGGUCAACUAUUGCCUCUAUAUUAUUGACCAACAGGAAACACAGUUUUUAAUAUCAAGGCACCGAACUUUUAGAGGCCUUUUACAUUCCGAGUCAACCCAUUUCAAGCUUUUUACGUGCCAGCUAAUGUUACUGUCUGCAAAGGAGCCAUUAUGAGUCAUGGCUUAGACUGUAAAGCGUAUGUUAUUCAAUUAUAAGGUACAUAGCUAUGCAUAGCAUUCUAGACCUCUCAAGAUAGCUUUUUGAUUUGCAUUUUGGUGCACCUACAUGUGAAAUGAUUAAUCGGGCAUCCUUUCAUUCACAAAUGAUUGAGGUAGGCCUUUUGUAUUUGUGAUAUGAUUUAAUGCAAAUAGGAAGUGAAUGGAUGGUUCAGAACAUUUUAGUUUGAGCAGAACCAGAUGAACUGUGUAUGAAAAGGAGAAUCAUUUCUUCAUUAGGUUGCAUUUAGCAACCAGGAAUGGCCUUAAUACUUAUUUUUUAAUAAAAACAAUUACUGUGUAA